AUGGAGCAAUCAGGAGAAGCAGAUGGGGCAGCCCAGCCUCACACAUCUGCUUCUCUGGGAGUUUAUGUUCUGACUUGUAACAUUGUGCACAGCAGCCUGACGCGUGACAAGGCCGAGCGCAAAUUCUACUCCGGGACGCACAGACUGACGAACCGGCCGGCGGGCCUGGAGCCGCAGCCCGGGGUCUUCGACGGCCUGCGCGACGCCAUGGUGCGCGACUACGUGCGCCAGACGUGGAAGCUGCAGGGCGACGCCCUGGAGCAGGCCAUCAUCAGCCAGGCGCCCCAGGUGGAGAAGCUCAUUGCCACGACGGCCCACGAGCGGAUGCCCUGGUACCACAGCAACCUGACGCGCGAGGAGGCCGAGCGCAAACUCUACUCGGGGACGCAGACUGACGGCAAGUUCCU